AUGGGUGACCACUCAGCUCAUGAACCUCUUCUUUUAAGAGAAGAUGAUAGAUUUGGCUAUGUCAAGAAGACAUCCUUUUGGUUAUCAUCUGUCAAAUGGAUUCUCAAAGUUUCAAUGUGGGUGAUUUUCAUUGCCUGGGCUACUUUUCUUUUUGUGUAUCCGUUGGAAUCUGUGACUGAAUUGUUUGACAAAUGGAUUGAGGCUACACGUGGGACUGUGUUUGGGCUCACAGGAAGUAUAUUUCUGCUGUUUAGUGGCCCAAUUCUCAUCAUUGCAUUUCUUGCUAUAAUACUUCUCAUCAUCUCUGGAGAAGAGGAACUCCAUGAGAACACUACAAGAAAAGCACGUUUCCGCUUGUGGACAUUCCCAGUUAUCGUGGAUGGGCCAUUUGGGGUUGUUUCUGCUGCAGAGUUGAUUGGGAUUGUCCUCUUUUCUGUGUAUGUCAUAUGGGCAGUUACCGUCUAUACCAUAAAGAACCAGAAGAUUAUAUCUUCCUUUGACUUGCAUUCCAAAGAGAAAAGUGCUAUGAUGCUGGAAUUGACAGGACUUCGCUUCGGUUUGAUUGGCUUGUUUUGCUUGGCAUUUUUGUUUCUGCCAGUUGCAAGGGGAUCAGUUCUUCUCCGAGUUAUAGAUAUCCCUUUUGAGCAUGCAACCAGAUAUCAUGGACGUCUCCUAGAAGAACUUUUGCAGUGGAAAAAUAUUGGUAUUGCCAAUCUUGCUGGAGUUAUCAGCCUUUCAGCUGGUCUAUUGAUGUGGAUUCCAUCACUUCCUUCUGUAAGGAGAAUAAAUUUUGAAUUAUUCUUCUACAGCCAUCAACUAUAUGUCGUCUUUGUUGUCUUCUUGGCCUUGCAUGUUGGAGACUUCAUUUUUACAAUGGCUGCUGCUGGAAUAUUUCUCUUCAUGCUCGAUCGUUUUCUUAGAUUCUGUCAAUCACGGAAGACUGUUGAUAUACUUUCAGCCACAUGCCGUCCUUGUGGAACAGUGGAACUGGUUGUAGCCAAACCUGCAAAUCUUCGGUACAAUGCUCUUGGUUGGAUUUUCAUUCAAGCUCGAGAAUUAUCUUUUCUGCAGUGGCAUCCUUUCAGUGUGUCCUCUAGUCCGUUGGAGGGUAAAAAUCAUCUUUCAGUUCUCAUAAAGGUUCUUGGUGAAUGGACAUCAAAACUGAAAGGACAUAUCUUGAAUGUUUCCAAGGAUGAGCCUCAGACAGGGCUACUCCUCAAGCCUCAUUCCAAGAUAACGGCUUCUGUAGAGGGACCUUAUGGGCAUGAAUCGCCAUAUCACUUGACGUAUGAAAACCUCAUUCUAGUUGCUGGAGGCAUUGGAAUCUCACCAUUUCUAGCUAUCUUGAGUGAUAUUCUCCACCGUAUAAAGGAUGGUAAACCUUGUCUGCCCAAGAAUGUAUUGAUAGUCUGGGCUGUGAAAAGAUCAAAUGAGCUUUCACUUCUUCACACUGUUGAUAUGGAGUCAAUCUGCCCAAUGUAUUCUGAUACACUGAAUCUUGAGAUUCAAACUUAUGUCACUCGAGAAUCUGAACCUCCACUGGAAGAGGGUAAAGUUCAAGAGUCUGUAAACUCUCCUAUCUUUCCUGCCACCAAGAGAUGUGGCAUGUCAGUCUUGGUUGGUACUGGGAAUAUUGUAUGGUCUGGAAUUAUGUCGUGGCAUCUACGAUUGGUUUGGUGA